CGGCAUCCAGGUAGCGCGCUGCACGCUGGAGCUGGUAGUCCCCGAGGAGAGGAAGGGCAGAGCUGUCCGGCAGUGUGUGGGGUUGAGCUGCGCGGGCCGAGGCGGGCGGUAUGGACAAGCUGAAACGGGUGCUGAGCGGCCGCGACGCGGAGGAGCCGAGCGGUGUGGCUGAGCUUAUUGAUGCAACUUCACUAGGCUGGGGCACCAGAAUGAAAGGCUUCAUUGCUUGUUUUGCAUUAGGAUGCAUUUUCUCAUUCUUGGGUAGUUGUCUGCUGUGGGUACCAAAGAAAGGGCUGUUGCUCUUUGCAAUGUUUUAUACACUGGGGAAUAUUGCAUCUAUUGGGAGCACUCUUUUUCUUAUGGGACCAAUGAAACAAUUGAAAAGGAUGUUUGACCCUACACGUUUGAUUGCUACUGUUGUUAUGCUAUUGUGUCUUACACUAACACUGUGCUCUGCUUUCUGGUGGCAUAAGGAAGGACUCGCUCUGCUUUUCUGCAUCUUACAGUUUUUUGCUUUGGCAUGGUACAGCAUUUCCUUCAUACCAUAUGCAAGGGAUGCUGUGAAGAAAUGUGUUUCGGUCUGUCUGUCCUAAUAGGAAUACAGGAUGCAUCACAAAGUUCUAGGAAGCAUAGUGGAACUAUGUAAAGAUCACUGCGUAUGUGUUUUCCUACGUCUGUCUUAAAUAUGUGCCUUUUACCUUGUUAGAAGCUCCUUGUGUUAAAUUCAGCUUAUGCAAUUGCUUGGUUUUCUGAGCAAUGGUGUCUGUAGACAGGGUGCUAGUGAUCAAAUGAAGUUCAGUCUGGCAGAAGAACUGGGCAGAGAUCCAGAGUUUGUUACGAUAAUUCUUAUGUAAAAUUAUGUGUUUAGUUUUGUGAAAGCAGUAAGCGAAGUCUGUAAAAUGGAGACCUGGGCUCUGAUGGGACUAUGCCAGUCAAGAGGAUCUCUUUCCAAGAAAACCAGUUGCCAACUGAUUUCUUAAGACAGUUUGUUUUGGUUUGUUUUUUUUUUUUAAUUGCCUUAUGUCACUCUUUGUACUGUUUGCCUUGGAUAAUGGAAUAUUGGUAUUCUUUCCUUUCCUUACUCUCCUGCAAAAUGUUAGGAUUAUGAGACUUCUAAAAUACUUAAUUCUAAAUGACUGUUUUGGGAGUAAGUGUGAAAUAUUUGUAUCUAUAAAUAAGUAUUUAAUUUUCAGUUUAGACUGAUAAUGCUUCCUUAACAUACAUGAAAGCGACACUUUAAUCUGUAAAAACUUAGAAAAAGCACAUGUGAAAUAUGGUUAGUAGAAUUUUUCAUCUGCCAGGAAACCAAGUUCUUUGACUUCACUAGAGCUAAUGGCAAUAUGGACAAUGUAGGAAGCUGAGCUUUUUCACAUGAAGCAAAGUGCUUGCUUUUCUUCUCCCUCAGCUGUAACAUAGAAACAGUGCAAAGCUGAGGGCAUGAUAGGUAAACCGAAAGAUAAUCUGUGGGAAAAUUUAGUUAAAUGCCCAAGAGAGGUUGGGGAAUUAAAGAAUACUGCUAUGAAUUUUCUCCGGCUGGUCUACAACAAAUGUCUAAACUGAUGUGUGUCUUAUUUUUUCAGGUAGUAGAUUCAAAACCUAAUUUACAUCUGUCAGAAGACCCAUGUUAGUCUUUUAUUAGGGCUUUGAUAAUGUUUACAGAAUUCCUUUGUAUAAGGGCAACUGAAUGCAACCCUGAUGCCUUUUACAUUGCAAUCUUUCUUAAGUUUUAACUUCUCUGGGUGUUACUGGAAAAUGCUGUGAAUAGAGCAUACAUUAUUUCUCCUUCCCAUCUCCAGGGAAAUUACACUCAGAUCAUCAUUCCAGGCUCAUCAGCAGUCAACAUAAUGGAAUUUGUCUUCUGGGUUUUUUUUUUUUUAAUGCUUCAGAUUGUGCAGGAUUGUGGCACCCCAACUCCUAUCAGUUCUUUAGAAGAUCGCUAGAAUUGGGUGUGCUGAAGGUUAGUUUUUCAACUUGCAUACUCGCUAACUGGAACCUUUUAGCUGACUGUUGUGAGCACAACCACUUACAAGAAGGAAAUUUAGGAACCUACUAGUAAGCAGUGGGUAAACUUAAAUGGAUUAUUCCCCCCUCUACCUCCCGUCCUUUUUAAAGGUGUAAUUCCAGAUCUGCAGCUCCUUUUUUUUUUUUUUUUAUCAGUAAGAGAGGAGAACAAAUCUUGACUUGAUUUUAGCUUCCAUAUGAGGCUAAGCAAUUGUGCCCUUCAAAGAAGGAAACCUAAGGAGAGAUGGCAAAGAUCUAAGGAUCACUAGAGUGCCACUAGAGCUUACGUUGCCCUUUGGUGUUGUAUUCUGUUCUUGUGAAGGUCAGGUGGUAGGACAGAGUCACCAUUUUCUUGCCAAUAUGUGAAACAUACUCAGGGUUUGUUGCUUCAUCAACAAGGAGUUUUAAUUUAAAAUAACUCCCCUAUCAGAACAAAAUGCUUCACAUUCUUACUUGCUUAUAAAUAAUUAUGUUCAGACUAUUGCCAAGUUUAGCAAAAAAUUUCUCCACUUUGUUAAAAUACUUUAUAUGAUUAUUAUACAAUCAGGGAGUAAAGUGGUAUAUGAAUGUUCCCUCUUGAUCAGUUUCAGUCUGAUUCAGAUUAUACCAUUAUACCUUUUUUCUUUUUUUUUUUUUGGUGUCUCACUGAAACUACUUUGUGUUAAUUUUUUAUAUUGUCAGCUUUGUUUAUCUGCUUGACAGAGUGCAUGGUGGGCAUUUCUGGAGAUCUCUAGCUUUCUGUCUUAAUGUCCUUCAAGGCAGGAGUGUUGCUGUGUGCACUCUACUGCAAAUAGAGAUGUUUGUGGUUUAAAUCACAAAGCUUCUUCCUUCCCAAAGUCCUUGCUUAGCUGCCUUAACUCAAGGCUGAUUUUCCUAAAGAAACUUUUAUGAUGCUGGAUGCCCAUCUCUGCAGGAUUUGGUGUUCUCCUGGGAAGCACAUUUUGCCCAACCUCACUGUUGGUUAACUUGUCUAUCCACCUUUAUUUUUUUGCAGUACAGUAACCUUAUCCAAGCAGCCUUAGCACACCAUUCUAGUGUGAAAUGUGCAUAUUGGGGACCAGCUGACUUUCCAGAUGUAGUAGAAAUGGAAAUGGGGAGGAUGAUAGUCAUCUAUUCACAAAGUACUGGGGUUUUAUACACUGAAAUGUAGGGAUUUUUCAUUACUUCCAAAUUUUGCUGUUUUUUUGCGAUGGAGUUCAUUGUGAAUGUUGGUACUGUGUGAGAUGGUGUGACAGUGAUGGCAGCAAUUUCAUCUUGCUUAGUAUUUAUAGUAACAAGAUUGUUCAUGAGGAACAAAGAACUUUCUGCACCAAGUUGAAAUUGUUUUAAGAAAUCAUAUUUCAAAACGGUGUAUUAGGCUUUGUGUAUGGAUACUUAAAGGCAAGUUUGGAGGAGGACAGAGACUCUGCCAUGGGGUGGCUUCCAGCUCAGUGCAGGAUAACAGUCUACUUGUGGGUAGGCUGCAGCUGACAUGCCAUAUAUUUGGAGGCUUAUGGCACUGUUGCUUACAUGCAGCUAGAAACUCAUGGUCUGGGAACUGCCUCAUGGAGCAGUGUGGGCACUUGAAGCCCAUCCCCUUGUACUGUGUGCUAGAUUGAAAGAGCCUCUGAGUUUAUGAGAACAGCUCUUGCUUAGUUUUGGUACUUAAUCACAUUAAUGAAAGUAAGAUCACUGUUAUUGUAGAUCCUCAAAUCUGAGGAGGAGGGUGGCACUUAAACACCUCUGUCUUAAAUACUGAUGUUUACAACCAUACCAAAUACUGACCAUGUAGAGCAGGAAGCACAGAAAUGGUAUAUUUUCUUAAAACCACAUGCCUCACUGUAAUGUGACAACACUAAAUGUUUUUAACAGCUGUGGAAUUUUUCUGUAAAAUAAAAACCGAACUCUGAAAUUCUCUAUGAAGUUUCGUACUGUUUGUACUGAUCCUCUUUGCUGUUGUGCAUUUUCUAGGUAUUUACACUGUUUGACUUCUACAUUGAUAAAAAAUAUCUUUUUCCUAAUUUAAAACUUUCUCUGUAAUGAAGUGAAAACUUUACUUACAAGUGCUGUUUUUUUUUUUCCCCCUUCAAUAAAGUUGUCACUGCAUUAAAUGAA